AUAUUCAAAGGAUAAGGACGUCACCGAUUGAGAAUUUGAGUCGAAUCCGAAGAACAUUCACCCAAAUUUUCAGAACUCAAAUUCAGCGCGAUAUUUGUAAUUUGGGUUUAACCUUUGUUGCUGCUGUGUUUUGAUUGCUGGCACGCCCCAAUUGGAAAAAUGGAAGGAAAGAGAUGACAUGAUUUACAAACUCCUCAUUGGAUGUUGCUUUUCGUUGGUUCGACUACGCGCUACGCCUUCAAAUUCCCUACGGAUUCAAAGAAAUUGUAGAUAGAUAAUGCUAAAGUCUGUUCAUCUCUUCGGUUGCUCAUCUGGGUUUGUUUCAAAUCUUCUGAAACCCAAUAGCAUUGUUGGAUUCGGUCUUACCUUCGUCUCUUCUAAACGGUUGUCAGCGUCGUCUUCAUUAUCUUGUUCUUCUUCAAGACUGUCAUGUUCUAGCACCGCUUCCCUGUUCUUGGCUCCUCGAACUGGCUCUUUCAAAGCAUUUUGUGGGUCUACAUGUUCUGAGGCAAAUCAAGAAGGCUCUUCCUCGUCUCCCUUGUCUAUGUCAGAAUCUCCUCCGCCAGCAUCUUCAACUGUAACUCACUCUUCUGAAAAAAUUCGUAAUAUACGGUUCUGUCAGUGGUGUGGAGGUCAAACAAAGCAUGGAAUACCUGAGGGAGAGGAGAAAUUGAGAGCUAUUUGCACAGUUUGUGGGAAGAUAACGUAUCAAAAUCCGAAGAUGGUGGUGGGUUGUUUGAUUCAUCACGACAACAAGGUUUUACUUUGCAGGAGGAAGAUCGAGCCUUCUUACGGCCUUUGGACUCUUCCAGCUGGUUACUUGGAAAUUGGGGAGUCAGCAGCUGAUGGUGCAAUUAGGGAAACCUUGGAAGAAGCAAAUGCAGAAGUGGAAGUUACAUCCCCUUUUGCUCAGUUAGACAUCCCUCUAAUUGGCCAAACGUACAUAAUUUUCAUGGGAAAGUUGAAGAAACCCUAUUUCUCUCCUGGUCCUGAAUCCCUUGAAUGCCGCCUUUUUCCUCUCGACGAUAUACCUUUUGAUUCUCUUGCAUUUUCAUCCAUGCUGGUUACCUUAAGACUGUAUGUUGAGGAUGUCAAGGCAGGAAGAGCCACAUUCCACUAUGGGACCAUCAAUAAAAGGCCUGGUACAGGUGCCUCAGAUAUUCAUGCUUAUACUCUUGACUAUCAUCUAAGAUUGUGACAAGCUAAGGAGUUCAAAGGGUGAGACUCGAGCUUUUGGGGGUAACUAGGUCCCAUCCCAUCUGAUUCUUUUCAAACUUGAGAAGACAACGAGUAGAAAUGUGGAUCACUUACGUUCAAGUGGAGACAAGACGUCUGCAAUUUAAAGUUAAUAACAAUUCAACCUUGACUUGUGUAAUGUGAUAAAGAGAAAUAUUGAUCUGAAUAUUUGAUUACAAUCCCUGAGCUUGUGCAAUUUUUUGCAUUGUUUAUCAUCUACUCUUGUUUUAUUGUCAAUUUGUUGAAAAGACAACAAAAAAUAUGAAUUAUCUCAUUGGCUUUCAAGGAUAGCACAGGAUGUCUACGAGACUAUAGCUUGGGCAAUCUUUGGACCUUCUCAACACCACCAAGUUAUGUUCAUGUUAGUUUCA